AUGACAAAAAUUACAGCUGAUAAAAGUAAUGUGGUUAUUCUGACAUCAGACAAUCCAAGGAAUGAAGAUCCAAUGAAGAUAUUGGAUGAUAUGUUGGCUGGUGUUGGAUACACAAUGGAAGAGUUCUGCUCACUGCAUGGUGGAAGUAAUAGCCAUCAAAAGCUCCCAAAUGGCUGUUCACUAUCAGUAAAUGGUGACAGAAGACUUGCUCUGCGAGCAGCCUUUGCCAUGGGGAAGGAAGGAGACGCCAUUGUUGUUGCUGGCAAAGGCCAUGAGACAUAUCAAAUUGAAGGUGAUACAAAGAAGCUAUUUGACGACAGAGUUGAAUGCCGAGAGCACUGCGAGAUGAAGCAAGCAGGGAGAGAGACCGGUGAACUUUCAUGUGCGUUCAGUGGUAGAAAUCUUGAAAAUGAAAAAAAACCAAAUAUUAAUGAUAAGUAA